AUCGGGUAUUAAACUAGUUACUUGCGACCGUUACAUGUAUUCUUCGUGUUCCUGAACCCUUACGACUCUCGAUGAUCAGAAACCCUAAUUCUAACUAACAUCUCGUUACGAUGGGCAUGAUGUACUCCAGCAAGAAAUUCAAAGAGUAUGUGUUCGAUGUAUCGGCUCCAGAGGAAAACACUAGAUGGAAAUCCGCACAAUCCAGGAAGAACAAAUCUCAUUAUUCCAGUGAAGACAAUCACAAGUUCCUGGAAUCAUUUGCAGUAGGGAAUGUUUCUAGAGGAAAGAAACCCCGGGAUGGAAAAUCAAUUGUUCAUGAAGUUGAUGAAAUGGUGAAUGAAAGGAUCUGUCGACCAGGUGCUGCUUUAGAAUCGAGUUCUUCAAACUACAAUUCAAAGACUUUAUCUCAAUCCAAGUGUACUGAUUAUUUUCCAUCGCAUAAAGCUGCCACUGACGGGAAGUAUUCAGAUCGUAACCAACCGCUUCACUUGGCUGAUACUGAGCUUGUGUCUAUAAUCUCAGAUGAGGACAUAGAUAACUCAUCUACAAUGUCUUCUGAUGCUCUUGCAGAUGCUGAAGGUUUAUCAGGAGAACGGGAUCUUGAGCACGAGAGUACUUCACAUGAUAAGGAAUCCAGUGUUGUUGUUUGCCCAGAGUGUGUUACUUAUGGAAGAAGCUGUUACUCGACAGCACAGCUGACUUUUUUUCGUACUUCUAUUAAGCUUGAUGUUUCCGAGGAAGGGGCCACAGGUUGUCUUACUUUUGAAUGGAAGACUCUAAAUCUUGUUAGUAUCGAGUCACGAUGGUUGGAUCCUUUCAAAACAACUGAGGUCUGCCUUCGUAUCAAGUCGGAGCACGGUCAAAAGUCAGGCGUUUUGGAGGUAAAGUUCACUGUUACCGACUCUUGUUGGAGUAAUAAGCAAGAUCUUAUCAAAUCUCUGGAUACGCAAUAUAAGGAAAAAUGGGAUGUUGAUCUCGAUUCAUAUGAGUUGUUUGAAGAUACUACAUAUCUGGAAGGGGAUGGUGAUUCUAUAGCCAUUUCUAAGAGAGACUUUCAGCUUCUGCAGCCAGAAAAGUUUAUCAAUGAUACAAUUGUUGACUUCUAUAUAGAAUACCUGAAGCAGAUCAAACCUGCUGAUGCAAGAGUCCAUUUUUUCAAUAGCUUUUUCUUUAGAAAGCUGGCAGAUUUUGAUGAAAAUCAAUCACGCUCUAUCGACUUCAAGGAAGCUUUCCAAAGAGUUCGCAAGUGGACGAAGAAAGUGGAUAUAUUUCAAAAGGAUUACAUUUUUAUUCCUGUAAACUUCAGGUUGCAUUGGAGUUUGAUUAUCAUAUGUCAUCCUGGUGAAGUGGCGCAUUUCACAGAUGAUGAAAUGGAGAGUUCACUUAAAGUGCCAUGCAUUUUGCACAUGGACUCUAUUAAAGGACACCACAGAGGUCUUGAACCUUGUAUCAAAUACUAUUUGUGGGAAGAGUGGAAAGAGAGAAAUACUGAUGCAUCAGAACAUAUUUCUACCAAGAUCCAGGAUUUGCGGUUUAUUCGUCUCGAGGUACCCCAGCAGGAGAAUUCUUAUGAUUGCGGGCUAUUUAUGCUCCACUACAUGGAACUUUUUGUGAAACAGGCUUCCAAUAACUUUAACCCGUUGAAAGACUUUAUCAGUCCAGAUUGGUUCUAUCCUAUGGAAGCUUCUUUGAAACGUGCUCGAAUCAAAAGAUUGAUCUUUGAACUUACGAAAAGCAAUAUCCAGAAAGGUUCGUCACCUAAAUCGUCCUAUGAGCUCAAGGAUGAAGAUGAUGAUAUUGAUUACGAUGAUGAUGAAGCCGAUGUUCAAAUUCUCCAUGAUGCAUGUAACUCCAAGGAAACUUGUGGUGAAAGUGUGUCUGGUCCUUGUGUGAACAACGCAACACCAUUAAUGGUUAAACCUUUGAGAAGUGUAGACAUGGACGUAUAUCUUUCGGAUAGUGACAUCGAUGGAGGAUCGUUAAUUGCUGACAGUGAGCAGAAGAAUCAUGGGCAGCAGAUGGUUUUGUAUGAUCCUUCUAUACGUGCCAUGUCACCAACAAAGAAUUGUGUUUUUUUCUUGUAUAAACAGAAAAUCGAUGAAACAGAAGACUCUGUUGACAAGCAAAUAGUCACAGUUUCGGAGACUAACAAGAUAAAUCCGACUGUGAACCGUAUCAAAAAGUCAAUGAAUUUAUUACAGCUGAAGGAUAAGUCUGGCGGAGACAACGAUGUGCUUGAAUCACAUGAUGUUGAAGAUUCUGACGAUGAUGUGUAUGAAACAUGUGUUGUAGAAGAUUCUGGUUCAGACAAUGAUUCAGAUGUCUUUUUUAUCUGUGACAUCAACAAUAACCAUCAAAAGACUUCGUCUUCUGUUUACAAAAAUGUUGCAGAAUGUGGUUUGAAUGCGGAGACUUCAAAAACAAGACGCAUGUUGCCUAUGUGUUUUGGUGCCCGAAAAAGACGUAGGAGAAGCCGAUAGGUGAUAUUAAAUUUGUGGAUUUUGGUUACGAUGAAAAUAUAAUCCCUCUCUUUUGUCCAUAUCCCGCAUUGUAAAGAAGUCGCAGGUAAUUAUGAAGCCGGCUUCUUUUCAUUACUAAAUGAAAAAUCUCCAUGAAGAUUGAUUUUCUUCCUGAACUUGUGUGCGCUAAAAUGUGGUUUAAUCUUUACAUAAUCAUUUGGUGUUUUAUUAUGUGAUUUAGUACUCAAGCUCAAAUCGAAAGGCUGCUUGCUCAAGUUCGGGUUUGUCUUGAAUUUAAAGGAUUUUGAGUUACGCUGACUAGCUUGUUAGUUCGGCUCCCACUUGUACUCCUAUGAAUAGCGUAAUAAGUUUGAUAGAUUGGUGUGUCUACUCUUAAUAACUCGUGUUGAAGAUGGUAAAAGAGUUUUUUUUUCAUUGGGGCAA